UGCCACACCAACACAUGGUGGCACGGCGGCACCAAGUCCCACGGCGGAGGGUAUCCCGACUGUCACACUCGGCUCUUUUUAUGUUGAUUCGAACGGGGCUGUGAACGCGCGAGCGUGUGUUCCGAAUGGUAUACAGCUGAGAGCCGCCUGCCCCGAGUACGUCGUGUCCGUGUGUCGUCGGUAGACCUGAGCUGAAGAUGGAAUUCACGCAGAGAGGCAUGUCGAUGGCGUCGCUAGCCCUGCUCGUACUCGCCACCUUCGUCGGCGUCAGCGAACAAGUUGCCGUCAUGAGCGUCGACCUCGGUAGCGAGUGGAUGAAGGUCGCUAUCGUCUCGCCGGGCGUUCCUAUGGAGAUAGCCUUGAAUAAGGAGUCGAAGAGGAAAACGCCGGUGACGAUAGCGUUCAGGGACGGCGAGAGAUCGUUCGGCGAGGACGCCCAGGUGAUCGGAGUGAGAUUCCCCCAGAACACCUUCUUCUACAUUCUAGACCUUCUAGGGAAGCCUAUAGACAAUCCGCUAGUGCAGCUCUACCGCGAGAGAUUCCCUUAUUACGACAUCGUCGCCGACGACGAGAGGAAAACCAUAGCGUUUAGAUUGAACGAGAACACAACGUACACGCCGGAGGAGCUGCUCGCGCAGAUAUUGCACAAGGGCAAGGAGAUGGCGGAGAUCGCCGCCCAUCAGAAGAUCAACGAGGCCGUGAUCACCGUGCCGGGAUUCUUCAAUCAGGCCGAGAGGAGAGCCCUGAUUCAAGCGGCCGAGCUCGCCGGGCUGAAGGUGCUGCAGCUCAUAAACGACUACAUGGCGGUCGCACUUAACUACGGCGUGUUCGGUAGGACUGAGAUAAACGACUCCGCGCAUUACAUCAUGUUCUACGACAUGGGAGCCAGCAGCACCACCGCGACGGUCGUCAGCUAUCAGAACAUGAAGAUGAAAGAGAGAGGCUACCUCGAGACCAACCCUCACGUCUCCGUGCUGGGCGUGGGGUACGAUCGCACGCUCGGCGGACUGGAGAUGCAGAUCAGACUGCAGCAUUACUUGGCGCGGGAGUUCGACGCCCUUAAAAAGACGCCGAACUCGGUGCUGAAGAGCCCGAGGGCGAUGGCGAAGCUCUUCAAGGAGGCCGGGCGCGUAAAAACGGUGCUCAGCGCCAACGCGGACCACUUUGCCCAGAUAGAGAGCUUAAUAGACGACAUCGACUUCAAGUUGCAAGUCACGCGGGAGAAGCUGGAGGAGAUAUGCGCCGAUUUGUUCAAGCGCGUGACGAAUCCUGUGAAGAUCGCACUGGAAACUUCGGGUUUGACAAUGGAUGUCAUAUCGCAUGUUGUGUUGGUAGGUGCGGGCACUCGCAUGCCGAAAGUACAAGAAACAUUGUCCCAAUACGUGAAGACGGAAUUAUCAAAAAAUGUAAAUACGGAUGAGGCAGCUGCUUUAGGGGCUGCGUACAAGGCGGCUGAUCUUGGCCAGGGCUUUAAAGUCAAGAAGUUCGUCACGAGGGACGCUUUGUUAUUCCCGAUUCAAAUCACCUUUGAUAGAACCGUUGACAACAAAGUUAGACAGGUGAAGAAGAUGCUGUUUAAUAAAAUGAAUAAUUUUCCACAAAAGAAGAUUAUUACAUUUAACAAGCACACGAACGACUUUGACUUUAAUGUAAAUUACGCAGAGUUGGAUUAUUUGCCCGAUAGUGAGGUAAUUUCCAUUGGUGACUUACAUAUAGCUACUGUGUCGCUGAGCGGCGUAGCCGAAGCUUUAGAAAAGCAUUCGAACGAAGGCGCCGAGAGUAAAGGAAUCAAAGUGCACUUUAAUAUAGACGAUAGCGGUGUAUUGAACUUAAUGACCGUAGAAUUAGUUUCCGAAAAAACGAGUACUGUCGUUGACGAAGAAGAGGGUACUUUCUCAAUACUUGGCUCAACUAUUAGUAAAUUCUUUGCAGGUUCUUCCUUAGAAAAAGAAACGGUGGAAAAGACGGAGGAACCGCCGAAAGAGGAUAUAAAGCCGGUGCAUGAAGAACCAGAGCUUCCGGAAUCGGCGAAAGAGACGGACGAGAAGGAGAAGAAGAAGAGCGAGACGAAAGCGAACGAGGAGAAGGCUGUAAAUAAGACCGAGAAGACGGACAAGGAGAAGAAAUCCACGAUCGUUCAGAUCAAGGAACCUAUCAGGUCAGAAGAGAUCAGAUUAGGAUCGCAGAUCUUGUCCGGUGACAAACUCGUGGAAUCUCGAGACAAGAUACAUCGUUUGGACGUGCACGAUUCGGAGAAAACGCGCCGCGAGACCGCGUUAAACAAUCUCGAGUCGUACGUGAUCGACGCGCAGCAAAAGUUCGACUCCGAGGAAUUCUCGAGCGCAGCCACCGAAAAGGAGAUCGAGAACAUUCAAAAGGCCUGUGCCGAAAUCUCCGAAUGGUUGUACGAGGACGGAUUCACCGCGACCGCGGAAGUGUACGAGGAGAAGUUGAUGGAAUUGCAAAAGUUAACUAACGACGUCUACGAGAGAGUCUUCGAGUACCGAGACCGACCGGAGGUCCUGAAUGGAAUGGUUUCGCUACUCAAAGGCAGCAGAUUGUUCUUUGAGAAUAUGCGUAACUUGAGUGUGACGAGCGACGUUAUUACGCCCGUUGAAGUCGAGACGUUAGAAAAAACGAUCAACGAGACACAGGAUUAUUACGAAAUGAUUUCGAAAUAUUUCGAAGAUGCGCCGUUAAACAUACCAGUAAGAUACAAAGUCCGCCAGAUCGCAAAUAAAAUGGAGUUGCUCGACAGAGAAAUUAAAUAUCUUGUGAACAAAGUAAAGAUAUGGAAGCCAAAACAGGAAGCCGCGGCGAAUCAGACGACGGACAGCAAGGCCGAGCGCACGAUAGAGGAAAAUGAAGAAUCCGUAGCCGAUGCGGAAGACAAGGCGGAAGAACAGCCGUCCGAUAAAUUGAAAGAGCAACUACAAGAACCAGUAACGGAGACGACGGAGGAUCCGGUACGUCUACCGGAGAGCGGGAAGCCGCAAUUACCUAACGAGGAAUUGGAGGAAGAAACGCAUCAAGAACUAUAAGAAAUAAUUUAUUUUAAAGUGUGAUUCUCUGUUAUCGAUCGACGAUGUCCGUCGAUUUAGGCAAUUUUUCUGUAGAUUUACUUUCGUCCGAUGCAUUUAAAAUCAAGGCGAGAAUUCUCUUGUACGUUGAACAAGUUGGUUCUGCGAGCGCGAAUACAAGCUGUUCCAAUUGAUUUAAUAAUAUGUGUUUAUAUGUGGGUAUGUUUUCGCCGUUCACGUUCAUUGCAAAAGAGUUAUUGCGAGAGUGCAGAUCGAAGAUUGUUCACGACAAUUAUAUUACACAAGUGCCAAGCAAUAGCGGAUCACGGACAAUUGAUUUUGUUUGAUAACGUGAAGCAGGCCAGUUUUGCGAGAGGCUUAUCUCGGGUCUUUGCAGCGUAAAUUUGUGACUUUACAUGUAAAAUGCUUCUGCUGCAAGUAUAUCUUUGAAUUAUGUAUUAUCACGCGUAUGAAAUUGCAGUAUAAAGCAUACUAUUGCUUGUAAAAACACGAAUGAUGAGGUACCGUACGUAAAGUGAUUUCGGUUCGUAAAAUAGUUCUUUCACAUCUUUUAGGGAAUGGAAUUUUUCGUGUGAUAACAGUCCUACGUUCUUGCGAGAUAAAUGUAUAUCAGUAGUCUUCGAAUGAAUUUAUCACGUUUUCCUACAUACAUUACAUUGAUUUGUAUCAUCUUUUUUAUAAAGGGAGAUUCAUAAAUCUUUCCAUUUUCUGUUAUUUAUAGUGAUACGAUAUAAAAAGAACAUGCGACACUUAAGAUAUUCUAAUGUAUAUUUCUUAAAGGAGUUAGAUAGAAUAUAUGGAAUAUUAAUUAUUUUGUAAAUAUAUAACUACAUAUUUGCACAAUGUGAAAUAGAUAAAAGUCGGGCCCCUCGAGAGAAUCGUAAGAUAUAAGAUUGCUUUUCUAGCUUCAUCGAUAUCUAGAUGAGUUCUCUCACGAACACAAUAUAUGAUUAUUCUACUGCCAGAUAGGCGUUCGAAUUUGAGAAAUUUUUAUCGUUCCAAUAAAAAUCAUUGUAAAUUUAAA